AUGGCCAUCCCUCUAUCCAUGAUGAUGAUGUCCUUCGAGGGACACAGGCAAGACACAUGCCUAUUCCAAAACCCUGUUCCAACUCCAAGUUUCAAUAGAAAAUUGAUGUUCCAGGCCCCAUCAACAAGAGAAGUAAGAAGUAGAACACUGGGAAAAAACAGUGUGGUAUGUAAGAUCAGUGACUCCUCCCCACCCCAGGUUUCAGAGCUCAAGAAAACGACUGAGAUAGCUAAAGAGCCUAAGAGAAUAUUAGCAGACACUUGGAAAGAAAUUCAUGGCGAAAAUGAUUGGGUAGGCAUGCUUGAUCCCAUUGAUCCCCUCUUGCGAUCUGAACUAAUUAGAUAUGGGNGGAAAGAAAUUCAUGGCGAAAAUGAUUGGGUAGGCAUGCUUGAUCCCAUUGAUCCCCUCUUGCGAUCUGAACUAAUUAGAUAUGGGGAGAUGGCACAAGCCUGUUAUGAUGCACUUGAUUGGGAUCCAUACUCCAAGUAUUGUGGCAGUUGUAAAAUCAAGCCUAACAAGUUCUUUGAAAGUCUCGGAUGGACACAGUGUGGAUAUGAAGUGACCAGCUAUCUCUAUUCAACUUAUAACAUGAAUCUCCCAAAUUUCUUCAAAAAAUCUCUCUGGCCAGAAGGGUGGAGUCAUGUAGCAAAUUGGAUAGGCUAUGUGGCAGUGUCAAAUGAUGAAACGUCGGCUUAUUUAGGCCGUAGGGACAUAACAAUUGCUUGGCGUGGGACAGUUACAAAGCUCGAGUGGCUUGCAGACUUGAUGGACUUUCUGCAGCCAGUUUCAUAUCAAAAGAUUGCAAGUCGCGAUCCAUCGAUCAAAGUUGAGGCCGGGUUUCUCCACCUCUACACCGACAAGGACAAGAGUUGUGAUUUCUGCAAGUACUCUGCAAGAGAGCAACUUCUAGCAGAAGUCAAGAGAGUGAUUCAGAAGUAUGGAGAUGAGGAAUUGAGCAUAACCAUUACAGGGCACAGUCUAGGCAGCGCACUUGCAAUGCUUAGUGCUUAUGACAUAGCCGAGACAGGGGUGGACUUGGGGGAAGAUGGGGAGGUCAUUCCUAUAAGUGUAUUUUCAUUCUCCGGGCCACGAGUUGGGAAUUUGAGGUUUAAGGAGAGGCUGGAGGGGUUGGGGGUGAAGGUGCUGAGGGUGGUGAAUGUUCAUGACGAGGUGCCUAAGGUACCUGGAUUAUUUUUCAAUGAGCAACUGGCUCCAGUGCUGCAGAAGAUAGGAGAAAUGUCAUGUUGGUGUUAUUCUCACGUCGGCGAGGAAUUGGCUUUAGAUCACACCAAAUCUCCAUUCUUGAAAGACAAGAGCAACCUGGCAUGCUUCCAUAACUUGGAGGCUCACCUGCAUUUGCUUGACGGGUACCAUGGGAAGGGUAGCAGAUUUUGGCUUGCUAGUGGAAGAAACAUUGCACUGGUGAACAAGACUUCUGACUUCUUGAAAGAUCAUUUAUUGGUGCCACCAAACUGGUGGCAAACUGAGAACAAAGGGCUGAACAGAAACCAUGUCGGUCACUGGGUUGUGCCUGAGAGGCAUGAUCUUGAAGACCAUUUGCCUCCACAAGAUUUACACCAUCAUCUCCAGAAACUGGGUCUCGUCGUCGACCACUAAUCUCCCUCCGGCCAUGAUUGGAGAAUUUGAAGGUUUUUAAGGUUAAUUGUGUCAGUGAUUCUUUCAGAACGUAGGUACUCUUGUGAUUUUGGUG